AUGGAGGUUCGUGGUUUUCUUUCAAGUCCUCUUAGCAAUAAACAGUUUUAUCGGAAAAUUCCAGGCCCGGAAAAUCCUCCAGCUGAAGUUAGUGUUGAUAUAAAUGAGGCGAAUAUAGCAGUACUACGGUUCAAAUUUGACCAUCAAGUUGGAUUGAAACCAAAAACGUUUUAUCGCGUCAGAGUCAGUGCAAAAAAUGACGUUGCAGAAGGACCUGUGAGUGAAACAAAAGAAUUCGAAACUGCACACUCCGAGCUGCCCAUACCCACGGAUAUAAGGACAAGUGUUGCGGAAGAUAAUACGCUUACUAUAACCUUCUCAGCUGUCAGAGAUCCGGAUGAUCAUUCAAAUGCAAUAGGGCGCUACAAAAUUGAGAUGGCCCAAUCGAACGACAUUCUCAGCGCUAAAUGGCAUCCUGUCAAUGCAAGCAAUACUUCUAUAGAUGAAAUGACUUCCCAAGUUACAAUGACCAUAGAUGGAACACGACUGGCUCGAAGUAGCAUGUACUGGGUGAAAAUCACUGCAUCUUUGGAUAACCCUACCCGCUUCGUGCAAGCGUCAAAACCGCGAUGGUUUCGAACGGGAGAUGGGAAAGGACCUGUGAGUGAAACAAAAGAAUUCGAAACUGCCCACUCCGAGCUUCCCAUACCCACGGAUAUUAGGACAAGUGUUGCGGAAGAUAAUACCCUUACUAUCACCUUCUCAGCUGUUAGAGAUCCGGACGAUCAUUCAAAUGCAAUAGGGCGCUACAAAAUUGAGAUGGCUCAGUCUGAUGACAUUCUCAGCGCUAAAUGGCAUCCUGUCAAUGCAAGCAAUACUUCUAUAGAUGAGAUGACUUCCCAAGUUACAAUGACCAUAGAUGGAACACGACUGGCUCGAAGUAGCAUGUACUGGGUGAAAAUCACUGCAUCUUUGGAUAAUCCCACCCGAUUCGUGCAGGCAUCAAAACCGCGGUGGUUUCGAACGGGAGAUGGGAGGCUCAAAACUAGAGCGGAAAUUGAAGGCGCCCCUAUGAUUGAAAGGGAGCCAAACCUUUUCGACACCUUAUCCAUCGUAUGUCGCGCCGAAGGAUUUCCAUCACCGGAUAUAAGUUGUUCAACCCUGACAAGGACCAGUAUACGAGAAUCAGGCCUCGCCGCGUGCGUUGCCUCUAAUGAAGACGGUAAUGCGACAGCUGAGAUUGAGGUGCGUGUACUAGGCCCGGGGAGUGCCCCAAGGGAUGUACGUGCAAUUGGUUGGAGAAAUCAGAUCAAUGUCAGCUGGCAGGAACCACAGAUAUCAAAUGGGAUCAUCUCGGUGGGUAUGGAAUAG